GGGUUGAGAGCGGUGGAUGGCGGUGAUGGCGGACGCUGCUUGUGUAGGUAAACCCUCCAGCUGAUCCGCCGAAGUGAUCAUUGAUAAGAAUUUCCUCAACGCCCUUCAAGACGAGAAAACUUGUACAAUCUGGAUCUGUUGGGAUAUUGUAAGAUGGGCGCUAAUGCCUCGCAGCUGGAGAAGGAGAUAGGGGCUGACCAGUUCCCUCCAAAUGAACACUACAUCGGCCUUGUAAAUUUUGGCAACACGUGCUACAUUAACUCAGUUCUCCAAGCGCUGUAUUUUUGCAAGCCUUUUCGGGAAAAGAUCUUGGAAUACAAGGCCAAGAAUAAGCGCACGAAGGAAACACUCCUAGCGUGUCUCGCAGACCUCUUCUACAAUAUUGCAACACAGAAGAAGAAGGUUGGCAGUAUAGCCCCAAAAAAAUUUAUUGCCAGAUUUAGAAAAGAAAACGUUAAGUUCGACAACUACAUGCAGCAGGAUGCCCACGAAUUCUUUGUUCAGUUGAUAGACAGCAUUAAUGAAACUAUCAUAGAGAAACAGUUGGCAGGUCGAACAAGACAGCAGGGUGGGGAGUGUGACCAUCAAGCAGGCCUAGGAGGGCAGCAAGACAGCGGAGGUGGAGGGGGAGGCGGCGGGGGUAACAACCAGCAACAGGACAAUACGUGGGUUCACGAGAUAUUUCAGGCAGUCGUCACCAGAGAACUCAAGUGUCUUAACUGUGAAGCUGUUCGAAGCACAGAUGAGGUGUUAAAUAACUUGUCAGUGGAAGUACAUCAAAAUACGAGCAUCACGUACUGUUUGCGGUGUUUUUUCUCCACAGAAACUAUUAGUGCAGAGAACAAAGUGCAAUGUGAGAAUUGUUGUUCCCUCCAAGAACACCAGAAACGUACAAGGGUCAAGAAGUUACCAACUAUACUAGUCCUCCACCUUAAGAGAUUCCAGUUUUUGGGUCAGUAUAACCGCACGCUCAAGUUGUCACACAGGGUCGUGUUUCCAUUAGAACUACGAGUCUUGGACACGAGCACAGAUGCUGUGAACCCUGACCGCCUGUAUGACCUGGCUGCUGUUGUGGUUCAUUGCGGCACAGGCAUAAACAGAGGCCACUACAUAGCAAUUGUCAAAUCACACAGAUUCUGGCUACUCUUUGAUGAUGAUGCUGUUGAUAAAAUUGACCCAUCGGUUAUGGAAGAGUUUUUUGGUUUGACGUCAGAAAUUCAGAAGUCGUCGGAAACUGGGUACAUUCUCUUCUAUCAAGCUCGAGAUCCAACGUAACUUCAAAGUAGUCACCAAAGAAAGUAGAAUCCGUCUGUUAUGUCCAACUGGUUCUGUGGAGGCUGAAAAGGCAGCGUUAGUCAUGGCAUAGAGAAAUCAAGAUAUAUAGAAAGGUUGAGAAAGGAUUGGGCAGUGUAUCUAACCAGGGUUCAGAGUAGGUGUAAUCAAUGUAUUCAUCUAGUUCAGGUUUGUCAGAUAUUGAAUGCACCAGUCUACACUUAUAUCUGAUCUGAAUAGCUAUUUCACAAAUGUUAAUUAUAACAAUGUAUUGAUUAUAGUGCACUUGUAAAUAAGAGUUUUAUCUGAGAUUUUUCACAGUCUAUUGUAGGUAUAAGGGCUGGAGAAGUUUUGCAUUAUAAUUGAUGAAAAUAACUCUUACUUCUAUUUUAAUUACAAUUCCUUCUCUUAAUUUUGCUUUAAACAAAAUUAACCUUUACUAAUUGUGUGAUUAUUCAUCUUCCCAGUAUCCUACAAAUAUUCUUAGAGUAUUUAUAAACCAAUUUACAAUUUGAUUGGAAUUUUUAUUAAGUUGCAUUACAAACUAAUUGCAUACAUUAAUCCAUUGGGUAAUACAAAAUGACAGAAGUCGUUGUUUUGUAUGAAUAGAUUUUUGUAUUUCGUUUCAUUUAUAUUACAGUAACAUCAAAUUUAAUGCAAAUAACAUAUUGUGUUGAAGUUGAACCAUGUUAAAGACUUGCUAAGACCUUUGACAAUAAGGAGGCUGCAACUUGUACAAACCUCAGAUGCACUCAUGAUCCAUCCAGUACUCCAGUGUAGUUCUCUAUUGUGCACAAUCUGCUCAGCCACAAUCUUAACUUUGUACCACAUUAGAUUUUGAUAAAGUGCUUAUUUCAUGGUUUGAAAUAUGAACUAGAGUAAUUUUCUCAUUCAGAUUUUGUAUCGUCGUGAGCAAAGUUUCGGUGAGCUAGGUCCUCGAUAGUGGAGGUAGCAUGUUGGUGCACUACUGCAGACAUAAUCAAUUGAACAGAAAUACACGUCACAUAGGUGCACGUGCACCCACACCUACAUAAACAUAGUUUGAAGUGCUCAGUAUAAUAAUAUUGAAGCAGCUCCCUGUGAAUUUUCUAAUAGUGAGAAAUUACUUUUACCUCUCGAGAGCUUGAAAGGACAAUCAUGACUCUUGCCAGUCUAACUUCUGUGAUAUCAUAAUUAUUAUUUUACAGGCUGGAAUAGGGUCAUGGUCCAUUCCUCAGAGGAUCGUUUGAACCUUUUUGGAGGCAGUUGUACUGUUUUCUAAUUAUAUAUUUCCCACUGUUAAUGCAACACAGAUUAUUGUAUAAUUCUGUUGAAGAGUAAGAAACAAGUUGAACAAA